GGAGGGAGGAGGAGGGCUCGUUGGAAAAUAUUUAUAUAUAUAUAUAUUGAGGGGGGCCGUUAGUGUCUGUUUAUUAUAAUUUCCUUUUGUGGCUUCCCUUCCCUCUCCCCUCUCCCCAAACUCACUGCCAACUCUCCCCCAUCCCCCACUGCCAUCACUCACUAACCACCAUGGCCUCCUGGUUUGGGGGCAUCGGCUCUGGCCUGGGACAGUCCCUGGGUCAGGUCGGGGGAAGCCUGUCUUCCUUCACUGGUCAGCUGUCGAGCUUCACCAAAGACAUCCUUGCAGAAGGCACCGAGGAGGUGGCAGAUGCUGCCAGUGAAUUGCACGUGACUAAUUCCAGACUGAGGGAGGUUGAAGCAGCUUACACAGCACAAAAGUCUGAGUAUGAGCGAUUGAGGAAACUUUAUUCAGAUUCAGAGGAGAAAGAGGCUGCAGCAGAGCUCCAGAUAAAGCACCUGUCUUCAGAGUACAGAAACCAGCUACAGCAGAAAGACGUGGAGAUAAGCCAUCUGAAAGCCAGACAGAAUGCCUUGCGAGACCAAGUGCAGAAGCUGCAGACUGCUGCCCAGCCAACUGGCUUCACUUCGACAGCCUCCACGUCCUUUCUGCCUGUUGACGUGUCCACUUUCCACGGGGAUACCAUGGAUUUUGGAGAUGUUAUCGGGUGCCAGCAAGAGAUCAACAGACUUUCCAAUGAGGUCUCCAGGCUGGAGGCUGAUGCGUCCCAUUGGCGACUGCUGGCUGAGUCCUCCAAAGGUCAAGGCACAGUCGGCUCAGACGAGAAUGAACUCUACAAAUUACAAAAGGCUAUCAAGGAGUUAAAGCAGCAGCUCAGUCAGGAGAUUGACGAGCAUCAGCACGAGCUAUCUGCUUUGCAGGAUGCACAUCGGCAGAAACUCGGCGAACUCACACGCCGACAUAGAGGGGAGCUUGAGGAAUAUGAGGAGCGGAUUGAGGAGCUGGAGCAGCAAGUACAAGCUGGAACAGGUGCUGUGCUCCCAGACCAUUCAAAACUGCCAGAACUGCAAAGGACGGUAAAACAUCUAGAAGAUGAAUUGGAGGUGAGCAAACACUCUGCAGAAGAGCUGGAAAAGAGAGUUCAGAGCAUGCAGGAGGAGCUGGCAGUGGCUGAGCAAGGCCAUGUUGGUCUGUCCCAGGAGGGGAAGAGUUCUACGAGCGAGAGCCAGCUUUUGCUGGAGUAUGAGAGAUUGAAGGUGGAACGUGAGAUGAUGCAGAAUUCUGUGAAUGAGCUGCAGAUCACCUUGGAGAAGCAGGAAGAACAACUCACAGAAAAACUAGCAUUGGAGGCAGAAGUGCUUCAUCUGAGGCAGGUUAUGGCAGACGCAGAGAAUGAGAUAACGAGGCUCAGUAGUACCAGCCAGGAAGCCAUUCAGGGGGAACCUCAAAAUCAGCAGACGAUUCAGAGAGAAGAAGUCCUCUUAGCUCAACAGUGUAUCCAGGAACCCAGCAUCUUGACAGCAGAAGUGGACAAAUUAAGGCAAGAUUUAUUGGCUAAGGAGAAUGAGCUGAUGGAGCUGUCUAUACAGAAGGACACAUUACUGACAGAAGUUGAGGAGCUAGAUGGGCAGAAUCAAGAAGCUACUCAGUAUUUGAUCACAUUGAAAAAUCAGCUGGCAAAACAACGACAAGAAUCAGAGGAGAAGAUCCAGCAGUUGGAGUCCAAACUUCAGACAGCAAUAAACCAGUGUUCUGAAGCUGAGGCCAGUAAGGCAUCAAUGCUGGGGGAGAUGGAGGCUCAGAAAGGAAAACUGAACCAGAGCGCCUUUGCACUUAAUGACCUACAUAUGAACAUUCAGCAACAAGACAACAAUAUCAGAGACCUAACCGAGCAGCUAAAGAAAGCACAAGCUCGCAAUGCAGACUUGAAGGCUGAAGGCUUGGAGCUGAAGGGAAAGCUACAAAACGCAGAGGCAUCGGUAGCCAAAUUGGAGUUAACACAGGCGGUUCAGGAAGUACCGGCCGCAGGAAGUCACGUGCACCUACUCAAAGCUAAAGAGGUGGAAAUUUCUGAGUUGAGGAAAGAGAUUUCAGAAUCCAGUCGUUUGAACACUGAGCUACAAACUGAACUUCAUGAGAUCAAGAUUCAAACUAGUAAACUUGACACCGAGAGGAAUAAUGCCAUCAUAGCGCUGGAUGAGGUUAAGCUGCAUCUGCAGGAAGCUGUUGCACACAACGUCAUUGUUUCAAAGGAGAGUCACACUUUACUGGAGGCAUUGAGAUUGGAGAAGAACCAACUGGAAGCUGAAUUAAAUCGAGCUGAGAUAAGGGUGGUUGAAGAAGCUCGAAAAUAUGAACACACGAUCGAAGAGCUGACAAAGGCUCGAAACCUAGAUGCUACAGCUUUGCAGAAAGAACAUGAACGAUUGAUUAAGCUGAACCAAGAGAAGCACUUUGAGACUGAAGAAUUAAAGCGUAACGCAGAGCAGUUGGAAACCGACCACGAAGAGACCAAAGAGAUGCUGAAAUCUAGUUUGGAAAGUCAACAGCAGCUGACCGAACUUUUGAAGGAAAAGGAGAUCUUUGUUGAGACUCUUAAGGAAAAAAGUCUAGAAUUGCAACAGGAACUUAAGAAGACUGCAAAAGCUUUCAAGGAAUGUGAAUUGCUGAAACAAAACCUUGAAGAGAAAGACAGGCAGUUAAGCACAAUGAAAGAAGAAAACAACCAUCUCAAAGAAGAAAUGGAACGCCUCAGGGACCAACAAAGCCGAUCUCAGCCUACUGCUGAGCCCAAAACACUAGAUAUAAUAAUAGAGCUCGAGACAGAGAUAACUGAGCUCAACAGCAAAAGGAAUAGUUUCGAAGAAGAGAUAAGGGUUCAUAAAAAGACUAUAGAUGAACAGAACCUCAAUCUUUUACAGCUUCAGCGUUCUAUACAGGGCCAAGGGAAAGAACGGGAUGAAGCCACUCAAUAUGAGGAAAUCAUUUCCACGUACGAAAAACUCAUUUCUGAAAAAGAUGAAGAAAUUCGAAUUCUUCAAGAAUCAAUUGACCAAAUCCAAACCCGUUUCCAGAGAGCUCUCCCAGAGCCUCCAGCAGGUGUUCCAGUCAUUCUUGAAGAAACCAAAGUGCAGACGGUGAACGGGGAAAAUGGAAACGAGAAACAUGAUUUGUCCAAAGUGGAAAUUGACCGAUUGGUCAAUGGAAUAAAGGAGAAAGACGUGGAGAUAAAAGUGUUGAAUGAAAAGAAUUUGUCCCUCACAAAAGAGCUGGAUCAGUUAACGUAUUUGAGAGAUGAAGUGGGUAAACUCACUCAGAUCAUUCAACAGAAAGACUUGGAGAUCCAAACACUUCAUGCCAGGGUGACAGCAGGGCCCUAUAUGCAGGUGGGUGCAGAUGUUUCUUACUUGCAGCAGCAACUGCAGGCUUAUGCCAUGGAGAGGGAACAAGUGCUGGCAGUGUUGAAUGAGAAGACAAGAGAGAACAGCCAACUCAAGACCGAAUACCACCGAAUGAUGGAUAUUAUAGCUGCCAAGGAAGCUGCCCUUCUGAAGCUGCAGGAGGAGAAUCAAAAAAUGAUCAACAGCUACGAAAACGAAAGUCAAGAUAUGGUGCGGGAAACUAUCCAGAAUCUUUCUAGGAUUAUCCGCGAGAAGGAUAUCGAGAUAGAUGCUCUUACCCAGAAGUGCCAAACCCUAGUGACUGUUCUCCAAUCCUCUGGAAUGGGUUCAGGUGGUGAGUCUGGCUUGGUGAGCAGUAAUCAGUUUGAAGAGCUUUUGCAAGAACGUGACAAACUAAAGCAGCAAGUGAAGAAGAUGGAGGAGUGGAAGCAGCAGGUGAUCACCACUGUUCAAAACAUGCAGCACGAGUCCGCUCAUCUUCACGACGAACUGCUCAAGCUCCAAGGACGUUUGUCCACAGACGGCGAUUGCAACUCUCGGCUUCAGAUAGACUACAACAGAUUAAUUCAGAGUUACGAGCAAAAGGAGAGACGGUUGCAAAGCCUAAGUCGGGAGCUAGCGGAGGUUCAGCAAAGUAUUGGGCAGCUCAGCACCACUAAGGAACUUAUACUCGAACGUUUGGAUGGUGCAUCUCCAGAACCACAAAUAGUAGGUGCAACCAUCGCAGAUGUGCUGAACAUUCCAGUUGUUUCCAGUGGAUUGCCGUCCAAAGAACAGUUGGACCAAAUGACAAAGUUGCACCAAGAGAUGGAACGUUUGAAUAAAGCAUUGGAGCAAAAAGAUGCCACAGUAAAGGCCCUUCAAGACGACCUCAAAUUAUGCAGCUCUCAGGCAGCAAACUCUGAAAGUGGAAGGAAGGAACAAGAGGAAUCUGCUCUAGAGAUGAAACUUAUGAAGGAAAAGGCUGAACUACAGAAGUCCUUCAGAGAAAAAGACCUUCUCAUCAAAUCGAAGAGUGAUCAGUUGGCAUCGGCGAGUGAAAGCCUGAGGAACCAGACCAUUGACAAUGAGGUUUUGAAGCAGGCAGUCACUAACCUGAAGGAAAGGAUUCUGAUUGUGGAGAUGGAGAUUCGUAAACAGCAGGAGGACAAUGAUAAAGUUGUAGCCAAGUCGUGUGAAAAGGAAUCUGAAUUUCGAGCUCUGCAGGAGACGAAUAUGGAGCUGUCGAUGAUGUUGAGAGAGAGGGAGUUUGAAUCAAACGCAGUGAAGGAAAAGGCCUCUGCGUUAGAAAAGCUGCUCAAGCAGAAGGAAAUGGGGAAGAGUGGUGAGUUAAAUCAGUUGCUCAACGAAGUGAAAUCAAUGCAGGAGCAAGCGGCCAUGUUUCAGCAUGAGAGGGACCAAGUUAUGCUGGCUCUCAAACAGAAGCAGAUGGAGGCUAAUGCACUAGUGAACGAGUUACAACACACGCGUGAUAAGCAGCAGCGUUUAGACCAAGAGUUGCAGCGCCUACGGAACCACUUGCUGGAAAUGGAAGAUUCCUACACCAAAGAGGCCUUGGCUUCAGAAGACCGAGAGACGGAGCUGAGAAAGAAGGUUACGUUACUGGGGGAAAAAUUGAUGUCGUCGUCAUCUGCUGUGGAAACCGCUAGCCACCAGGCCAGCCUGCAGGUGGAGUCUUUGCAGGAGCAGCUCCAGACCAUUGCACGUCAGAGAGACGAGGCACUGCUGCAAUUACACACGUCUCAGGAACAAGUCAAGCAGUACGCAAUGUCACUGACCAACCUGCAGAUGGUGAUAGAGCAGUUCCAACAGGAGGAAAAGGCCAUGUAUGCAACAGAGUUGGAGAAACAUCAGAAAGAUACAGCAGAGUGGAAAAAUAAGGCAAUCGAACUUGAGGAUAUGGUUGUGGAUCUACAGCAACAUCUGGAUGAGGCAAAUGCUGCUCUAGAUUCCGCAUCAAGACUUACUGAGCAGAUGGAUCUGAAAGAGGAGCAGCUCAAAGAGCUUAAGAACCAAGUUGGGGUCCAAAAUGACUUGUUGGAAGACUCUCAGAACAAGCUGAUGAACCUGCUGAACAACAGCGAAGGCAAGAUAGACAAGGUCCUGAUGAGGAAUCUGUUUGUGGGUUAUUUCCACACUCCAAAGAACAAACGCAACGAAGCAUUGAGGUUGGUGUGCAGUGUCCUGGGGCUACAGAAAGAAGAGUAUAGUCAGCUCCUGAACAGUGAGAGCCGUGCUGCCAGUGGAUGGAUGAGUUGGCUUGGUGCUGGGAGAGGCAGUGGGACCCAGAGCGUCCCAACCACUCCCCAGAGACCAAACCACAAUACAAUCUUCAACAGUUCCUUCUCUGAAAUGUUCGUGAAGUUCCUGGAAACGGAAUCCCGUCCUUCCCUCCCUCCCCCUAAGCUGCCGGUGUAUGAUGUUAACUCACUCGGGCCAACCUCUGACAUUAACAAGCCGCCCGGCACCUUGAGCAGUCGUGCAGCAGGGGCAACAGGAGCAUUUAAAAGGCCUGAAAUAAAUCCUUUCCUGGCGCCACGUUCCGCAGCCGUCCCUCUGAUCAACCCGGCUUCCUCGAGUGCAGGCGGGUCUGCACAUCUCCUCAUGAAACCCAUCUCCAGCGCUCUGCCCACCUUCACGCCCCUACCAGUGUCUUCUGAUUCCAGUGCGGGGGCAGUACUUAAAGACCUCCUCAAACAAUAAAGGAAUUGGGAGCAAGUCACUACAGCACUUUAAAGUGAAUUGACACUACAGACUAACCCAGCACACAGAGGCCUUCGACAACAUCUAGACUCAUCAAGUACCAUUUACAUAUUGUAGAUGUGCAUACUUCACUCAGACAAGAUGAGCCACAACUGCAAGAACCCUUGGGGGCACGAGGGGGAGAGUCACAUGGGCAUCUCCUAGUCAGCCAGAUGGAAGUUGUACAUAUUUUACGGCUACUGGAUAUCUGGUGGUGAUAUUUAAGCUUAACUACCUACCGAUGCCAGUGUUGUUGAAUUUGUUUCAGAAUCCCAUUAUGAACGGUAUUUAUACCUAUUGUGUUUGAGGGCAUUGGCUGUACAGUGUUCAAUGCAUUUCCACCACUGAGUAGAGUUCUACUCAGAACAUAUUCAGUAUCUGAGGUUACCUCAACGAGAGUGACUUUUGCAUUUCCUUUUACAAUCUGAUGUCUGCAAUGUUAGUAAAAGCUCUUUCAUUCUCUCUCUCUCCCAAGACCUUAAUUUUAUGGCCCAUUGGUUUUGCUGUGACUUAUUUUCCCCGAGAUUGGGGAACAAUGAGGGAUAACUUCAUCCCAAAGAUUGAAAUGUCUGACUUAAGCCUUUUAAGCAUGCAUGUCAAUCCUGAAUACGAAUUUAAAUAGACUACAAUUGCAAUUUUAACUUAUUUUCCUGCCCCCCCCCCCUCCAAACCCCCCCAAAUAUCACGGGUGGUGCUAAUGAACUCAAGCAGACACCCCAGAUUGCUGGAUGAUUACAUACUAAAACACAUUUUGUUUUGAGGCACGGCUUAACGAUUUUUAGACGUGCAAUGAAGGCUUGAAACAAAUGUGUUGUCUUAACGUUGACGAUGACAUUUGUACCAAUUAAUGUCGUGGCCAUAAGCCCCAACACCUGCCGUAAGCAUCGUCUUUUUGUCAUUGAAAAUGCCACAAAAGUUUAUGUUGGGCACCGACAUUGACCUGGUGUGAACCCUUUGAGGCACAACACAGUUGCCUAUUGGGUGUCAGAGAUGGGAGUCUUGCUGCCCACUGUGAUAGAACUCAGUGACUCCUGUAGAUAUUUUAGAUGUAUUGUAAAAAAAAAGUAGCAAUUUUUCAAUUAUGCUUGCAGAAUGAUAACCUUGGUUUAUUUAAUGCAUUUGAUGCUGGUUAAUGCCAUGAAAUCUCUACCUUGUAUAUGGAUGGUGUGGGUUUGGUGGUCUAUUGGUCCACCAUAGUUUCUGUUGUAAUUGUCAUACUCCGGAAUGCAGAUUGCUCGUUAUCCGAGCCGUGUUGGUGGUAUGUUGUUUUAUUUAUAAUCUCGCUGCAUCAGUGAGAGAGGACAGUUGCUCUCCACAUCCAGCAAAGCUCUCGUAUAGAAAUUGUUCACUUUUCCUUUGCUUGUAUUCCAUUUGACGGUACAUUAAAGUGCAGUCAUUUAAGCCUGUGAUCCUUCCCAGCUCAAAGCAUUGACGUCUCUUUGACGUAUUGAAAUCCACUGUUGGAAAACGUCUGAUUUUUAUUUGCAAAUGCUGGCAAGCUAUUUAAUAAAAUUAUUCAGGGUUCUUUAGAUGUUCCCAAAAAGAAAAUGUGUUUUGAAAUCACAAUAUAAUUGAAAGUAAUCCUCGCAGAUAUAUCACAACAUUUGAGCAUAUUUUAUUCCAGUUGUGCUAGAGUUCCUUCCGAACGAUUGUGUGAUUUAUGUAACAGAAUUGGCUUUGAGUUGAGAAGACAAUACACCAGUCUCUCCUCAAGAAAGUAAUUCGCCAACAGUCUGGGUCCUCUCCCCGAGGAUUAGUUGUUCUUCAAAUAUAAACACUUUUGUGUUUUUCACCUACAUUAUCACCAUGGAGGAGUACUUAUGAAGAGUAGCAGAGACUAGAUUCCGAUUGAUGCUUGCUGUACAGUCUAAUAACAACAAACCAUCCCUGCAGUUUCAGAACAGAGCCCACAGCUCAGCAGUGUGACUGACUUCCAUUUCCACACCAGUUAUUUUCACUGACAGCCAAUUUAAUGUCUCGUGAUUUCACUCCUUUGCUUUAAUUAUCGUCUUGCAUUUAAUGUCGUGCCUUCCAUGUAAAGUAUUUCACAAGUUUUACUGUAUAUUUUAGAAGGCUUUUCUUACACACACACACACCUUAUUCUUUGGAAAUGCAUCUCACCUUUACUUGGCACCUGGAUAGAACCAUAUCCCAGUUUGAGUCACCCUUUUAAGGAAAAAAAUGUUAAAAACAGUUAGAUUUUUUUUUGGGGUGUGGGGGUUCUAUCCGGCACCUUUGUCAUUUUCUUUUUAAUUACAUUCAAAAUGAGAUUGAAUGUUGCAAGUACUCACCUUUCCUUAGUUUUUGUGGCUUUGUAUUUCUUGCUUCAUUUCCCUAAAAGUCACAAAUUACGAGCAUGGGUUUCCACUCCACUUGCUUUUCUCUUUGCUAAUCCCAUCUCCGAGGCUUCAGCUGAAUUUGUAAAGAGAAUGUGAAUGGCCUCUGAGCCAAAAGAGGGCCAUCUCUAGCGCUGAUCAAAGACGAGUUGUCUAGGUGGUCCUGAAUCUGUAUUUCUUCUGCAUUUGUGCUUCCAGCAGCAUCAAAAACUUAUCUUUUGCAUAGAAAUAAAUUUAUGGGACAGCUGUAGAGUGUCUCUGGAACUAAGAACCUAGAAGAUUUGCUGCACUUCAUUUUAGCAGAGUGUGGCGGGUUAGGGGGGCUCUGAGAUUAGGGUCCCAAAACCAUCCUGUUAUAGGAUAUUGCCCUGAAAUCAUUUCAAAAGUUAUUUACUAAAUUGCUGCUGCUCAAGUGUUCAUAUAUAUUGUCGCUACAAUUUAUUUUGUGGGUGAAGUACAUCGGUUUCAAAUCACUAUUGUGUUGAUUAACCUUUUCUCAUGUAGGGCUUUUGUUUCCAUUAAUUUUGAGGUUUUAUGGCAAUAAAAUCACUUGGAUGUUCAUCUCCAUGUACAUCUGAUGAAAUCUGUGCAUGUUGACUUAUGUUUUUUGUUAACUCUACCACAGUAUUUACUUUGUGUGGAAAGCCUGAAAGUAAUGUGUAACUUAACAUUGAUAUAGUGCAUGUGGAGCAGGCCAUAGUGCAAUCAUUCCUCCCCUGUUAGCUUUUCCUGAAGUGACGACUAUAGAACCAAGUCUAAAUGGGAUAGUCUGAGUGGUGCAAUAGUUUGGAGUACUUCUGACAUCUGCGUUAAGUCCCAAUUUGAAAGACAAUUUUUCUCAGACUGCGGUAUGAGUAGAUUGUCUCUUCAGUUCCAUGACCUUACAAUCCACAAAGUGCUGUUUUAUACUGAUUUGAAUAGUCUCGCAUAGGAAACACAGGAAUGAUUAGUUGGGAAAUGGAAAUUGGUGCGGCAUUAGUGAGCUUUUCUGUUUGUCAUUUCGCUCAAAGAAGAAAACACAAUUUGGGGCACACUUCAUUUUUGAAAAAAAAAUCGAAAUGUGUUUAAAGUUCUGCUGUGCUGCAACCAAUGUGGAGAUGUAAAGUUUUCAACCUUCACAACUAUCUGGUGAAAUGCCUACAUUGAUUAGGCAAGAGGAAGAUUCUCUGAGUCCCUGCCACUGAACAGCCAUUAUAACUGGACAAGUAGCAAACCAAGAAAGAUCAACUUUUGAGUUCCAGCUCUUAAGUGGAGCUGUUACAAAGCUGCACAAUAGUAUGACUGAGUUUAGAAAUGAACACUAAAUAAUUAAGAUUUAAAGUGCACAGAGAAGAAGUCUGUUAAAUAUCCAGUUUGAGGGCAGGAGGUGGAAAUCAAAAGAGUUUUAUAGGAGCUCUGAACUGUAUCAAAUCCAUGUUAUGCUUGAGCUGAAAUACGUAAUGUCUCCACUCAAUGUGGAAAGUGGAACUUUUAUUUCUCUUGAUUUUUUUCCUAUUGAGAGACGUUGUGUGGGAAAGAAUUUAAAUGAUUGUUUUGUUUCUACACGGCUUGCCAUUUUCUAACUUAUCCAAACUCUCAAACAUAUCGUCUGACUUAUGCAUACAUUAUUUGAUGUAAAGAAAAGCUUUUAAAGAGUUUUACUAGAAUGUUCAACUUUAUCCUUUGAAUCUAAUGUCAAAAGAUUAUUUUGCCACACACAAAAAGAUGAAAAAAAUCUUUAGUUUAUCAAUCUGCAAUGGUAGUGCAGUGCAAUAUGAAACAGUUGAAUUAUCUUGGGUGAGGAACAAAGUGCAUUAAUCACAUUUAAAUUAUUGGAAGUUAGUAAUACAUCGUUCUAACGGGCAUUAACAAAUGGGUUGUAGGAUGUGUGCAUAGUGAUUCCAAGUUAUGUAAAACCUAAUGAAGUUCUUACAAAACUGCCAUUACACUUUUUGUUUAGAUUCUAAGUGUGUUCUGUUUGACCAUGUUUCAUUGCAUAGUGCCAUGAGCUAUUUCUGAUGUUAUAGAGUGAUGCACAAUUUGUUCCGAUUGGAACGUGAAGCAACCAAUGUUUCUUUCCUCUGAAGAAUGAAAAUAUUAAAUAUUAAUUUACAUACUA